AAGUGAAAAUACCUUUUGGAAACAAAUACCUUGAUGCUAUCUUUUCUGUCCCAGAGAAGAAAUCGACAUAUGGAGUGAUUCUUACCCAUGGAGCUGGAGGAGAUAUGAAUUUCCCUCACUUAAUGUCUUUGGCAGCCUAUCUUGCAUCCCAUGGAGUUCUGUGCCUACGGUUUACUUGUAAAGGCCUUAACAUUGCUUAUAGGACUAAGGCCUUCAAAACAGUUGUGGAAUUCUUAAAGCUUUCUGAUGAUUAUAAACUUUCGGGCGUCUUCCUUGCAGGCCGUUCCAUGGGCUCACGAGCUGCUGCCUCUGUGAUACGUCAUCUUAGCCAGGAGGAUGAUGAUGACUUCAUUCAAGGUCUAGUAUGUUUAUCUUACCCAUUACAUCGACCAAAACUUCAGUCCAAGCUCCGGGAUGAAGAUUUAUUAUUCAUCAGAUGUCCAGUGCUGUUUGUCUCAGGAUCAGCAGAUGAGAUGUGUGAAAAACAACUGCUAGAAGGUGUGGCAAGCAAAAUGAAAGCCCCUAAAAAAAUCCAUUGGAUUGAUAAAGCAAACCACGGGAUGGUAGUCAAAGGACGAACAACGGAUGAUGUCAUGGAAGAAAUAUAUGCACAAGUGUUUUCUUGGCUUAGAGAGAAUAUUGAACUGGAGCAGAAAUGAUUUGCAGUAUUUAAGCAGUAUCUUUGUUUAGUUUUUUGUAAAUGCAGCAAAUGAGUUUGUUAUUUCUGAGAGAUGUAUUUUUUAAAACAGAUGUUUUCAGAGGUCUAAGUGUAAAUGGAAAUAAAACAUUUUUGUGUGAAU